UGCGACGGUGAGACGCAGGCAAGUUUUGGCGGGAAAAGCCCUGCAUUUGGAUUCCUGAGGUGGCAGGCAGAGGACGGCCUGCCCUGGCACAUGGUGGAAUCAUGGCCGUGCCUUUUGUAGAAGACUGGGAUUUGGUGCAGACCCUGGGAGAAGGUGCCUAUGGAGAAGUUCAACUUGCUGUGAAUAGAAGAACUGAAGAAGCAGUUGCAGUGAAGAUUGUAGACAUGAAGCGUGCCAUAGACUGUCCAGAAAAUAUUAAAAAAGAGAUCUGUAUUAAUAAAAUGUUAAAUCAUGAGAAUGUAGUGAAAUUCUAUGGUCACAGGAGAGAAGGCAAUAUCCAGUAUCUGUUUCUCGAGUACUGUAGUGGAGGAGAACUUUUUGAUAGAAUAGAGCCAGACAUAGGCAUGCCUGAACAAGAUGCUCAGAGGUUCUUUCAUCAACUCAUGGCAGGGGUGAUUUAUCUGCAUGGCAUUGGAAUAACCCACAGGGAUAUUAAACCAGAAAAUCUCCUGUUGGAUGAAAGGGAUAACCUCAAAAUCUCUGACUUUGGUUUGGCAACGGUGUUUCGGCAUAAUAAUCGUGAGCGUUUAUUGAACAAGAUGUGUGGUACUUUACCAUACGUUGCUCCAGAACUUCUAAAGAGAAAAGAAUUUCAUGCAGAACCAGUUGAUGUUUGGUCCUGUGGAAUAGUACUUACUGCAAUGUUGGCUGGAGAAUUGCCAUGGGACCAACCCAGUGACAGUUGUCAGGAAUAUUCUGAUUGGAAAGAAAAAAAGACAUACCUCAACCCUUGGAAAAAAAUUGAUUCUGCUCCUCUAGCUCUGCUGCAUAAAAUUUUAGUUGAGAAUCCAUCAGUAAGAAUAACCAUCCCAGACAUCAAAAAAGAUAGAUGGUACAACAAGCCCCUCAAGAAAGGGGCAAAGAGGCCCCGAGUCACAUCAGGUGGUGUAUCAGAGUCUCCUGGUGGAUUCUCUAAGCACAUUCAGUCCAAUUUAGACUUCUCUCCAGUAAACAGUGCUUCUAGUGAAGAAAAUGUGAAGUAUUCCAGUUCCCAGCCAGAACCACGGACAAGUCUUUCCUUAUGGGACACCAGCCCCUCAUAUAUUGAUAAACUGGUACAAGGAAUCAGCUUUUCCCAGCCCACAUGUCCUGAUCAUAUGCUUCUGAAUAGUCAGUUACUUGGCACCCCAGGAUCCUCACAGAACCCCUGGCAGCGCUUGGUCAAAAGAAUGACACGGUUUUUUACCAAGUUGGAUGCAGAUAAAUCUUAUCAGUGCUUGAAAGAGACCUGUGAGAAAUUGGGUUAUCAGUGGAAGAAGAGUUGUAUGAAUCAGGUUACUGUAUCAACAACAGAUAGGAGAAAUAAUAAACUGAUUUUCAAAGUAAAUUUGGUAGAAAUGGAUGAGAAGAUCUUGGUUGACUUCCGUCUUUCUAAGGGUGAUGGAUUGGAAUUCAAGAGACACUUCCUGAAGAUUAAAGGGAAGCUGACUGAUGUUGUGAGCAGCCAGAAGGUUUGGCUACCUGCCACGUGAUACGUCCAUUGACUCCAGGGAAUCCUGGCAAAUACAGUGCUGCUAUGUUGACAUUAUUCUUCCUAGAGAAGAUCAUCCUAUUCUGCAAACUGCAAAUAGUCCCUGAAGAGUUCUCUUCCCUCCUUAGCAAACAUUUUUUCAUUCUUUAUGUAUGUUCUGCUUACAGAUGACAUCUAUGUUUUAAUUGUAAGUAAGAUUUUGGGAAAGGGUUGGAUAGAAUUCAUUAGCUAUUUCUUUGUGGUUAGUGUCUGAAUUUGAGACCCAUCUGUUGGAACCCAAGCUUUAAGGGGACAUGAGUUUCUUAGCUCUUAAACCAACAUAAUGAAAGAUGUUACCUUAUCCCAUUUUUACAAAACAUUUUGUAUUCUCUUAAAAAUACACAUUUUCUCCUGAUUUAAUUAUAUGGAUAAAUUCAUAAAAGCCAACCCUUAUGUCUUUUGGGCAGUAGAUUUAUUAGUCUGUAAAGUGGAACCAACUUCAAAGAAUAUAUUCCCAAGAUUUGUACUCAAAUUUUCAAAAGGGUGUGACCAGGUAUAUUAAUGUUUUUUAAUUAUAACUCAAUAAAAAUUGCAACUAGGCAUGUUUUUUGCAGUGUAGUUAAUAAUAUAUAAAAUACUGAUUGACCUUUGAAAUAGAAGUUGAGCAUAUUCUCUAGUGCUUAACUACCUUUAUUCUAAAAUUACUGUUGCACAUUUAAAAGAUUUUUUCUAUAUUAUUUUCUACUUUCACAGCCAUAUUUUAAAUUCUUUAUUACAGAAAUAAAUUCUAUUUUGAAAAUGAAUAGCUAACUCUGUGAACUUACUGGUGACUAAGCUUCUAGGUAGUAAGGAAUAAAAAAUGAGGGAGAAGUAUAGGAAGAUAGAAUAGAAAUAGACCUGAUGACUGUUUCUUCUACCUGUUAGUUUUCCAAAGACUUUAUUCUGCUAAAUUUUAUAUUAACUUUUGCUGUAUUAGGUUUAGGUCCUAUAUCCACCUCCUUUUUUUGUAAUUUAUAAAAUUAUCUUACUCUGAAGGCAAGAACAUGUGAAAUUUAGUGGUUAGAGUUUAUCAUAUAUUAGUGUUUGCUGGUAAAUUAUAUUGCUACAGUAUAUCCAUAGAAAAAAUAAAUGUGAACAAAUAGAUGGCUUCUAAAAAUUGAGCUAAUAUAUUCUCAAAUAUGAAAGAAAUUUUGCUCUUGAGAAUUGUCAGCCAGCCAUGGUAAGUCUCAGAAACAGUUAUCUCAGGUUUUGAACUCUCCUGUAGACUCUAGUUUUAUAGUCACAGUCUAGCUGAUCUUUCCACUUGACUCAGUCAGUUAAUGACCAAAAUCAACUUUUCCUUCUGUCCUCUCACCUGUUCCUCCCUCCUUUGCUCCAUCUCAACAAAUGCUGCAUUCAGCACCCACCUACCCCCCAUCUUUUAAGCCAAAGUCCUUGAAACCAACCUUGACAUGAUUUUCAUAUUCUCCAUUCAAUUCAGCAAUUCCUAUUCAGUUUAGCAAAUAUAUCCAAAAUGUAUCCUACUGUGUACACUUAGUUGAAGGCACUGUUAUCUCUCUUUUUUUUUUUUUUUUUUUUUUGUUAUUUGUCCUGUAGCAGUUCAGAAAAACAGUCAGCGUGAUCCUUCUAAAAUAUGAAUUUAGGUAUCUUUCCCCUGCUCUCAACUCUUGUGACUCUUCAUCACACUUCAAACAAAAUUCAAAGCAUCUGUGACUUGCAUGCCGUCUGUCUUACAGCCAUCUCUUUGGCCUCACUUGCCAUUCCUACUUACUCAUCCUGCUUCAACCACGUUGGGUUUGCUGUUCUUCUCACAAGAUAAGCACAUUCUCAUAUUUUGACUUGCUGUUCCCUGAACUAGGAGUACUUUACUCCCAGAUAUUUAUGUGACUUGUGCUUCACUUUAAGUCUGCUUAAACAACACAGUCUUUCCCUAACUUAUCUAAAAUACUAACACACACACAUGCACACCCCUGCCAUGACACUUUUUCCUUUAUUUUUCAUCAUAACACUUAGUAUAAGAUAUCUAUUGUCUGUUAAUCCCAUUGGAAUAUGUAAUACAUGAAUUCUUUGAGGUCAGGGACCCUCUCUGACCUGUUCUCUUUUGUAUCCCCAGCACCUAGAACAGUGCCUGAUAAGUUACAGCAUGCCGUAAAUUGCUUCACAAAGAAAUAGAACUCAUUUGAUUCGAUCUACUCUCAAAAUACCUGGAAGCCAAAUAUUUCUCUCCAUUUAAAUUGCUGCCACCCUAAUUAAAAUGCCUUCACGUCAUCUCUUCACUGGAUUUCUAUUAUUAAAAGUGUCUUCCCUCUUCUUCCUUUUGCUAUUUUCUAACCCUUUCCCUCAGUCUUUUCUUUAUAUAGGUCCUAAGUUGUUGGUAUUUUUUUUUUUUUAAGGCAAAUUAUACUUUGGUAUUCCCUUGCUUAAGAACCUCCAGUGGCUUCCCAUCGCAUCUAGAACUGGGAUCUAAAUUCUUUGCUCUGACUCACCUGUCCCUGUAUGCUUCCCCUCUCUCCUCUGCUCAUUAUACUGCAACCUCCUUUCUCUUAAUGUGAACUUAUUCCCCUUUCACAAACUGGGUGUUUAUAGCUUCCUCUGUCUAAAAUCCCUUCCAAUCCUUUGCAUGACUUAGCAUUCAAAUCCCAUCCCAAAUGUUUCUUCUCCUACCAAUCACUAUCAUUGUGCUUUCUUCAUAGAACUUAUCACUCUCUGAAAUUAUUUGUUUAUUUUCUGUCUCUUCCACCAAAACAGAAGCUUAUACUUCAUUUUCACCCAUAGAACAGUACUUGGAAUAUAGUGGAUAUUAAUUGAAUAAAUGAAUAAAUUAAAUAUCAGAUGAGGAAAAUGCCACAGAAUGUUACAAGGGGAAGGUGAUUUAAUGGAUCAUAAACAAGCUUUAUCAACUAUUGGAAUUUGUGUAGGAUGGUGAGAAGUUCAAUUCAGAUUUGUACAGACUAGCUCUGACAUUUAAUUGCCUCUUCAAAGAGACUGAUAACUGCCUCUUAGAGUUGCUUUUAAUCUUAAAUCUGUUAAUGUACCUGAAGAAUGUAGUAUGCCAUGUUGUACAAAAAGGCAUUCAAUAAACAUAAGUUGCCAUAAUUUUUCAGCAGUGUUCAUUAUGUGAUUGGGAGAAGAAAUUUACCCCAUUAUUAAAAGUAAGAUUUGCUUAUCAAUGAAAAUUUGUCAGGUGUAUAAAUGAGAGAAGGGUUUAUCAUCCAAAGU